GCCUUCCUCAUCACACAAUCUGCCAUUCUUAGCAUUAGCUGUCAUAUAUCACCUGAACGUCUGUGGACAUCGAAAGAGAAUGCCGCCAGCAUCGAGUUCGAGCUGUUACGCGAUCACCGAGCCACGCUUGGUAGUGAGGAAGCUGCUCGCGAGGCCCCAGCACGAAGGCGUCGGGGCCAUUGUCAGGAGAACCAUAGGAGGGUUUGAGCUGAGGCACUUUGAUCCUUUCCUAGCACUCGAUGAAUUCUCAGUGACUGCGCCCGCUGGAUUUCCGGACCACCCCCACAGAGGGUUUGAGACAGUAACCUACAUGCUGCAGGGAAGUGUGAGGCAUGAAGACUUUGAAGGGCACAAGGGAACUAUAGAGGCGGGCGACUUGCAGUGGAUGACCGCCGGGAGAGGGAUUGUCCAUUCCGAAAUGCCUGCCGGAGAAGGCACCCAGAAGGGCCUCCAGCUUUGGAUCAACCUCUCCUCCAAGCACAAAAUGAUCGAGCCGAGGUAUCAAGAAAUGUCGAGCAGAGACAUAGCAGAAGCGUCCAAGGACGGGAUCAAAGUCAGGGUAAUAGCAGGAGAGUCACUGGGAGCUAAGUCACCUGUCUACACCAGGACUCCUACCAUGUACUUAGACUUCACUCUCCAGCCCAACUCUCACCUCCGACAACCGAUCCCGGAACACUGGAACGCAUUCGUCUACGUCCUCGAAGGCAAGGGGAUUUUCGGGAGUGCAAAGUCUUCUCCCGUAGCAGGCCACCACCUCCUCCUCCUUGGGCCGGGAGACGGGCUUGAGGCAUGGAAUAAAUCGUCAAAGCAGUUGAGGUUCGUUCUGGUGGGAGGCGAACCGCUGGGUGAACCGGUUGCUCAGCUCGGGCCAUUCGUGAUGAACACCGAUGAAGAGAUUGAUCAGACGGUGGAAGACUUCGCGAACUUCGCAAAUGGAUUCGAGAAGGCGAUGCAUUGGAGGUCGGAAGCGGCCGAGCGGUUCAACAUUUAACUGGCCCAUGUUAAUUAUUUAGGCUCAUGGGUCACUAUUCUUUCGAGGAGAGGAAUCGAACUUCCGUCCUCCUAUAGAUUAUUGAAAAAUUAAAUUAGAAGUGAAAUGAUUUCUUUUUGUGAAAUUCAUAUAUUAAUACGAAAUAUGUAAAUUUUGCUUAUAUUAUGAAUUAAAUGUUAUUCAACUUCUUCGGUAAAA